ACUAAAACGUUUCUUCUCCCAGCAGGAAUGUUUUGUGUUCGCUGGUAACAACCAGCUACCUGUAACUUCUGACAACAUAUUUCCUGAAGCUGCGGCGGUUUCCAGCCGAACUGUUUUCGACAUGUGUGUGAGGAGGACGAAGACGGACCAACAGUGAGAAAAGAGCCGAACAACACCGGCUGUAUGGUGCUCCGUGUCCCUCCACCUGGGGUUGCUGCUUGGCCUCCAGCCGCGGCUACGAAUUAACUUCAUUUCUCAGCGUCGCCCUGCUCUGUUUCUUUUGUAGAGAUGGCGGUGAGGGGUACACUGUAAACUAAAUGACUGUCCGAAACAUCGCCUCCAUUUGUAAUAUGGGCACCAAUGCCUCCGCUCUGGAGAAAGACAUCGGCCCGGAGCAGUUCCCCAUCAAUGAACACUACUUUGGAUUGGUCAAUUUUGGAAACACCUGUUACUGUAACUCAGUGCUGCAGGCUCUCUACUUCUGCCGGCCUUUCCGGGAGAACGUGCUGGCCUACAAGGCRCAGCAGAAGAAGAAGGAAAACCUGCUGACAUGCCUGGCUGACCUCUUCCACUCCAUUGCAACACAGAAGAAAAAAGUGGGCGUCAUCCCACCCAAGAAGUUCAUCUCCCGCCUGCGAAAGGAGAACGAUCUUUUUGACAACUACAUGCAACAGGAUGCCCAUGAGUUCCUCAACUACCUGCUGAACACAGUGGCCGAUAUCCUACAAGAGGAGAAGAAGCAGGAAAAGCAGAACGGGCGCCUGAAAAACAACGGCACCACAGUCAACACUGAUACUGAAAUAGAAAACAAGACAGAGCCUACAUGGGUUCAUGAUAUCUUCCAAGGCACACUGACCAAUGAGACGCGCUGCCUCAACUGUGAAACGGUAAGCAGCAAAGAUGAGGAUUUUCUGGAUCUUUCUGUGGAUGUGGAGCAGAACACAUCGAUAACACACUGUCUCAGGGACUUCAGUAAUACAGAGACAUUGUGCAGCGAAUACAAAUACUACUGUGAAACAUGCUGCAGCAAGCAAGAAGCACAGAAACGGAUGCGUGUGAAAAAGCUUCCCAUGAUCCUGGCACUACAUCUCAAGAGGUUUAAGUACAUGGAGCAGCUGCACCGCUACACCAAACUAUCCUAUCGGGUGGUUUUUCCUCUAGAGCUUCGUCUUUUUAACACAUCUGGAGAUGCAGUCAACUUGGAUCGCAUGUAUGAUCUAGUGGCAGUGGUGGUUCACUGUGGAAGUGGUCCAAACAGAGGUCAUUACAUCACCAUAGUAAAGAGUCAUGGCUUCUGGCUGCUGUUUGAUGAUGACAUUGUGGAGAAAAUCGAUGCCCAGGCCAUUGAGGAGUUUUAUGGUCUUACCUCAGAUAUUUCCAAGAACUCUGAGUCGGGAUACAUUCUCUUCUACCAGUCCAGAGAGUGACUCUGGUUAAGAUCAGUGACAAAAUCCAGGAGUAAGAGGGUGAAAACAUUCAUCUUCAUCAUGACUGUCUUCUCCCACCACAUCCUCACCCUCCAACCUCUGAUAAGCGUGCCAAUCCUCUGUCCUGAUCUCAUCCUCUGGGUUUUGACAGUGCGUCAUUGUUUCCUCUCUCUGUGAUGUGACUCUUAUCUUUAAGUCACCUGCAUCUGGACCGCACUUUAAAACAAGAAGCAAAAAGGCUCAACAGCAUGAUGUAAACAAAUAAGAGUGACUAAGCUUUGUGCUGCUGCUGGGAGGCACUAAAUGUGUUCUCCACCAGGAACUUGAUAAUCAGAGGAUUCUGUACAUUUACUGGUAUAUGUUUGUAAGGUCUACUUCCCUAAUGGGCCACCCAGUCAUGAUUCUUUCAUUAGGGYUAAUCUCCCCCCAGCACUGUCCGCUCCUGUGCUGUGUUUACGUCCUUAAAGGAUGUGGGUGACAUGAAUGAAGUUGGAGACAAACACUGUAUAAAACAGAGAAAUGUCAUGCACUUCAAAAGGGCAAGAUCCUGACAUUAAUUACAGAUUAAUGUUCAAAGUUACAACUACCUAAUCUCAAUCUGACUGAAACACUAAACACUGCACUCAUAUUCAGUCAGAUCAUUCCUUAAAUUUCUAUUCAGAUGAAAUAAAAACUAUUUAUUKAACUGAUAUUAGUUAGUAGUUAUUUUUAAAACAGACUGAUUAAAUGAAAAUGAAGGCAUAUGAAACGUCUGAUGGGUAGUAAUGAGAUAAUAAAAAGUUAAAGUGCACAUGUUGAAGAGAAGUGAAAAAGAUGAUUGCAUCAUCGAUGAAACACUUCUUCACCCAGCACUGUCAGAGUCAWAUCUGUCUGCAGCUGCACACAAUGAAUCACAACUCACUGCUUUGUUUUUGAUGUUCCUAUGUAACACUGAAUACUGAAGAUUACAAAUCCUUUUUAAAA